AUGGGGUUGCUAGCUCUGAAGCUGCUCAUGUCCAGGCAGCGGGGCAGCAAGCAUCUCGGCGGCCAGAUUCAAGCCCGCAAUAGAUCGGUAGCUUCAGCAGCUAAAAGAAAGAUCUCUUCAUGCCAACACAGUAACCUUCAAGGUUGCAAGAGAAUGGCAUUUUCAGGGCCAGACCUUCCAGAGGACAUCUGGCGCCAUAUACAUUCCCUGCUGCCGCUGCGAGAUGCUGCCCGUGUUGCCAGCGUAUCUCAUGCAUUUUUACGUUCUUGGAAGUGCCAUCCUAACCUCACCUUCAGUAGGAAAGCACUGGGCCUGAAUGGAAUUCCAUGUCAAAACGAUGUAAUUGCAAGGGAUCUCACGAUGAAAGUUGAUCACAUUCUGAAAAAACACUCAGGCAAAGGAGUUAAGAAAUUCAGGAUCGAAUUAUACAUUAUAGUUGAUCCCUGUUAUCUUAAUAGCUGGCUCCAGAUUGCCACUAAACUACGGAUUGAGGAACUCGCCGUUGUUCUACCUUCAACCUACAAUGCAAACUGCUAUGAUUUCCCGUGUGCACUUUUUGUUGAUGAUGGGUGUAGAAACACGAUAGAGCAUCUCUGCCUUGGUGGUUGUGCCUUCCAUCCGACGGCUGGAUUUGGUAACUUGAGAAGGCUCCAGCUAUUUUGGGUUCGUAUUACGGUGGAUGAAUUAGGAUGCCUAAUUUUCAAUUCUUCUGCUUUGGAGCACUUGACACUAAAGUAUUGCAAUACGAUCACUUACCUGAAGAUACCUAGCCUGCUACAGCAUCUCAGCUACCUGAUGGUGUCUGAAUGCACUAAACUGCAGUUGAUAGAGUGCAAAGCUCCAAAUCUCUCCACCUUUUAUUUCAAUGGUGGACAAGUUAAACUUCUGUUUGGAGAUUCAGUUCAAGUGAAGACCAUGGGAAUGUGUUGUUUUGCUCCGUGUAACACCAUCUACAAUGCUCGUGCCAACCUGCCAUCCAUUGUGCCCAAUAUUGAAACUCUUAGCAUAUCUUCUGUUAGUGAGGUCAUUAAUACACCAAUUGUGCCUGUCAAAUUCCUCCACCUCAAGUAUUUGUCUAUUUCUCUUGAAGCCGAACAUGGGGCUUUCCCCCCAGUCUACGAUUACUUCUCUCUGGUUUCUUUUCUGGAUGCUUGUCCUGUCUUGGAAACUUUCCACUUGGCUGUGUCGCAGACUCGCAUGAAGCAUGAUUCGGUUUUCGGAGACCCGUCACAUCUUAGGCAGAGGCGAGAAUACCGCCAUGAGAACAUCAAGACUGUCAAGAUCUCUGGGUUUUGCUCUGCAAAGAGCAUGGUUGAGCUGACAUGUCAUAUUCUUGAGAAUGCAACAUCACUAGAGUGUCUUAUGUUGGACACGAUAGAUGAUGUUGACGAUAUUGGUAGGCACGUUCAUGAAACCGGUGAGUGUAACCCCAUUGGUAGGCAUAUGAUCAAAGAAGCCCGUGAGGCUCUCUUGGCAAUUGAAAGGUAUAUUAUGAAAAAAGUUCCCUCCACAGUAAAGUUAAAUGUUCUAGAGCCUUGCAGGCGAUGCCAUGCUUUUGCUGCUUAG